AUGCCUAGUCAAGUGAAACACAAUCAGAGCAACAGUUGUGCUAUGGAGGAUUCUACUAUGACUAUAGACUUCCUCCGGGCACGCUUGCUGUCUGAAAGAUCCGUGUCCAAGACUGCAAGAGAGAGAGCUGAUGAACUAGCAAAAAGGGCUGCAGAACUGGAAGAACAGUUGAGAAUUGUCUCAGUUCAAAGAAUGAAGGCUGAAAAGGCAACGGCUAAUGUUCUUGCAAUUCUGGUGAGCAAUGGAUUGAGUGAUGCUUCUGAGGGGUUUGAUUCAAGCUCUAACCAGGACGAUGAAAGUGAAUUUGGCUUGGUUAAUGGGUGUUCUAAGGAAGGGCAAAGUUCUGUCAAUUCAAAAGCUAAAAAGAGUGAGUCCGAUGAGCGGUCAGGUUCUGACAAGUUCAUCCCUUCUCCUGCCAGAAGCUUGUCAUGGAAGAGUAGCAAGGAUGGCACAGGAUCGAUGAAAGGGUGCAAGGACCCAGCUCUGAGAAGCUGUAACACCUUUACUUCUGCUUGUUCUUCUCCAAAACGUCAUCCAGGAAAAUCCUGCCGCCAAAUACGACGUAAAGACACUAGAGCUGGUGACAUGAAAAAUGCCAUUGAACGGCAAUUACAACUCAUACAAAGAUAUGAAGAUAUGGAAAUGGCUCAACGAGAGUGGGAAGAGAAGUCCAGAGAAAAUUCCAACAGUACACCGGAUUCUUGUGAACCUGGGAGCCGCUCAGAUGUUACUGACGAAGCUCCGUAUGAGAUUAACGAACAUCCACCACGUUCUUCUGGGACUAUAGAUACAACCAACCGCGUGGAAAAAUCAAAAGUUGAAGAUUUUCCGAAAUUCCAGCCUAAUGGCAAUCUUCAGCAGACUGUAAACAGGGAGCACUUGAAGGUGCAAGAAAAUAGCAUUGCACCUAUUUCAGGAUCCCGUUGUCCUGAUUUUGCCUGCUCUUUGGUAGAAAGUAAGCAUAAUGAAGCUCAGCUUGCAAACAUCCAGGGUUCACCCUCUAGUGAACAUCAACGGACACGCGGUAUAAAUGAUGUCCCUGGAAGCCAAUCGACUCGCGACUUCCAAUCCAACAGAGCUACGGAUAUCAACCAAGAGAAAGCCUCUGAAAGCAAAAGUGAAGUCCACGCACUGGUUCCACACAAAGCACCAAAGGAGUUGGGGAUUCUCGAUGCUCUUAAGAAAGCGAAGCAAUCACUACAACAGCAAAUCGACAAGAUUCCACCGGCUGUAGUUAGCAGUCCAGUUGGAACUUCGUAUGAUCUUUCUUCUCUUCUGACAACAGUGCGUGGGGACAAUAUACGCGAAAUACCUGUAAGAUGUCCUGGACUUUUCAGACUACCAACUGAUUUACUGGCACCGGGUAGAAGUGCAGGAAACGACUUCCAUUCUCUUGAUAAAAGAUCGAGUCUGGAUGACAUCCUCAGCGCUAGUGCCAGAACAAGUUUGAAGAAGAACUAUCAUUCUGGAAAAGGAUCAACAAAUCCAGAAGCAGCAGUGAUUGAUCAACUUGUUGCUAUGCCGCAGUACUCAGACCCCAAGAUGAAGUUUCCUACAGACAACCAUUUGCUUACCAGCAUACAAUAUCUUGAUGGUGCUUCUAUGCAGAGGCAACGGAUUGAUGAGGCAGGCUUUCCUCCAAGUAAAAGUGUGUACCCUGCAUUCCCAGUUAGUCCUGUAUAUGGUGAUCUGAUGUUCAGGGUGCCUCUUUCAGAAGGCUUCUCGACAUUUCCUGGAAGUAGAACUGCCGACGGGAUUCACUCAUCCCCAGCUGUCAGUCCUGGGUAUGGCGAUUUGAUGUUGCGGAUGUCUCCUUCCGAAGGCUUCUCGACGAUUCCUCCAGGUAGAAGAACGACGGAUGGGAUUCCUCCUCUCGGUGACCGUUUCUCGUUUUCCAGUCCCUACACUCCAGAUAUGUAUAGAUGA